AUGCUCCGCCUAACCGCAUCCAGGGCGGUUGUUCGAUUCCCAGCCACGUCGCGCGCUUUCGUCUCCCCCGUUACAGUCACACCCCGCGCUUUCGUGGCUGCGGUCACAUCGCGCGCAUUAGUCACCCCCGCUACAAUCAUAUCGCUGUCCUCGUGCCUCCGGUUCUGCAACCCGCUGGUUCCGCGACUCGGGCGAUUGGCGGAGCGCCGCCAGCGGGAGUCCGCUAACGCGCCGCCACUACAGCCGCUGGUACUACGAGUCGCGCUGCUGAUCGAGUCGCUUGCUGCUGCUCACCGCGUGUUCUGCUCAUGGAAGAAGAAGGACACGCGGAACAUCGGGGGGCGCGCCAAUGCCCUCAUUGCUGCUAUCCGUGAUGUGCCAGACAGCAAGGAGGACGUGUACAGAGCGCUCGACGCAUGGGCGGCCUUCCAGCUCGACUUUCCCCUCCUCGCCGUCAAACGAGCCCUCAGGAUGAUGCAGCAGGACGGCCAGUGGAAGAGAAUACUGCAGGUGUGCAAGUGGAUGCUGGCAAGAGGGCAGGGCCGCACCUUUGGCACAUACGAUCUCAUGAUGGAGGCCAUGGCUGCCACGGGGCGUCAUGCUGAGCUGGACGGCACGUGGGAGCGAAUCAUGGGCCGCCAUCUGGACACCGUGCCUCGUGCCACGUUUGCACGUGUGAUGAGCCUCUACACGCAGCAGGGACGGCCACUGAAAGUUCUCGAGGUGUAUGGCAGCAUGAUAGAGCUGGGAGUGAACCUGGACGAGGGCAUGGUGAUGCAGGUGCACAGGGCGCUGAUCAAAAUUGGGGCGGAGCAGAGGGCAGAGACGCUGCUGCAGGAGCACCAGAGCGUUUUGACUCCACCGGUUGAGAAGGCUGUUAAGGCAGAAAAAGCUUCUAGCGGUAAAAGACUAUGA